UGCGGUCAAUGGGGCUCACACCGCAGCUAGCGCGUCCCUCUACCGCCUCCUGGAGGCGGUCACCACUGGCCACCCCUCCCAGAUUUCCCCUUAGAAGGUAGCCCCUGAGUCCCCGAGAUUUGACCCGAGCUGAGCUGUGGACCUCCAGUCCUUUGGCGCUCCCUGCCUUAGAUGGAGGGCGCCCAGGGGAGGCCCCCGGAGUCUCGCCCCUCCGCCCCGGGGUCGGAAGAGCCUGCCCGCUGGGCCUGCGGCCCUGAGAUGUUGCCUCCGGAGGAGUCGGAGGGCUGCGCCCGGCCCCUGGAGACGUCCCCCAAGAAACUCUGUGGAUAUUUAAGUAAGUUUGGGGGCAAAGGACCCAUGCGGGGCUGGAAAUCCCGCUGGUUCUUCUACGACGAGAGGAAAUGUCACCUGUAUUAUUCGCGGACUGCGCAGGAUGCCAAUCCCUUGGACAGCAUAGAUCUCUCCAGUGCAGUCUUUGACUGCAAGGCGGACGCCGAGGAGGGGACUUUCGAAAUCAAGACGCCCAGCCGAACUAUUACCCUGAAGGCCGCCACCCGGCAGGUGAUGCUGUACUGGCUGCAGCAGCUGCAGAUGAAGCGCUGGGAGUUCCACAACAGCCCGCCUGCACCUCCCGCCGCCCCUGAUGCUGCCCUGCCUGGGAAUGUGCCCACCCUGCACCUCGAGCUAGAGCAAGAGGCGGCAGAGCCGGAGGAGUUCCUGUGCCCUGUGAAAACUCCCCCAGGGCUUGUAGGCGUGGCAGCUGCCUUGCAGCCAGUCCCUGCCAUGCCCUUGGCCCUUCAGAAUAUUUCCCUCAAGCAUCUGGGAACUGAAAUACAAAACAGGAUGUACAACAUCCGGGGCAACAGACAGGCCCAAGGAACAGGCCAUGGACCUCCUGGGGAAGAUUCUCCAUUGAUCAUGGAGCCUCAGAGGGAGGGGCAGCCCUUGGCCCCCAGCCCCAGCACCCCAGCAUGGAAAGAUCCAGUGGAUUCUCCAAAGACUACACCCAAGUCCUCUCUGACUGCCAAUCUCAUUCAGAAAGCCAAGCGCCAGAACAACACCUUCCCGCUCUUUGCUGAAGGACUCACACGGAACCGAACUGCCCAGGAGAAAGUGUUGGCCUUGGAACAGCAAGUUCUAAUGCUCAACAAGGAGUUAAAGUCUCAGAAGGAGCUGGUGAGGAUCCUGCACAAGGCUCUGGAGGCUGCCCAGCAGGAGAAGAGGGCAUCCAGUGCAUACCUGGCUGCGGCUGAGGACAAGGACCGGCUGGAGCUGGUGAGGCACAAAGUGCGGCAGAUCGCCGAGCUGCACAGGCGGGUGGAGGCCCUGGAGCAAGAGCGGGAGAGCCUGGCACACAUGGCGAACCUGCGGGAGCAGCAGGUGCAAGAGCUGCAGCGGCAUGUACAGCUGCUGAUGGACAAGAACGAGGCCAAGCAGCAGGUCAUCUGCAAGCUCUCUGAGAAGGUCACCCAGGACUUCAUGCAUCCCCCUAGCCAGCCCACUGUGCCCCUGGAUGCUGGCGACAGGGACUUCCUGAGCCAGCAGGAGAAGAUGGAGCACCUGAAGGAUGACAUAGAAGCAUACAGGACCCAGAACCACUUUCUCAACUCUGAGAUCCAUCAGGUCACAAAGAUCUGGAGAAAGGUGGCUGAGAAGGAGAGGGCCCUCCUGAUGAAGUGUGCCUACCUCCAAGCCAAGAGCUGUCAGGCAGACAGCAAGCACCUGGCGGGGCUGCGGAGGCUGCAGGAAGCCAUGGGGAGCAAGGCCAGUGAGUGCUCGGAGCUGCUAAAGCACCUCAUCCAGGAGGCCCUACAGUGGGAGGCCAGCGAUGCCUCAGGUGACAGUGUUGAGCUGAGCCCCAUCAGUGAGUACGAUGAGUAUGGCUUCCUGACGGUGCCCAACUAUGAGGUGGAAGACCUGAAGCUGCUGGCCAAGAUCCAGGCGUUGGAGGUACACUCCCACCACCUGCUGGCCCACGAGGCUGUGGAGCAGCCACUGCGGGAGCGCUGGGCUGCCCUGGGUGACCUUGCACCCUCGGUUGAACUCAAGCAACUGCUGCGGGCAGGUGUGCCCCAAGAGCACCGGCCACGUGUCUGGAGGUGGCUGGUUCACCUCCGCAUCCAGCACCUGCAGGCCCCCGGCCGCUACCAGGAGCUGCUGAGCCGGGGCCAGGCAUGCGAGCACCCUGCCGCCCAUCAGAUCGAGCUGGACCUGAACCGUACAUUCCCCAACAACAAGCACUUCACUUGUCCCACCUCCAGCUUCCCUGACAAGCUCCGCCGCGUACUGCUGGCCUUCUCCUGGCAGAACCCUGCCAUCGGCUACUGCCAGGGCCUGAACAGGCUGGCAGCCAUCGCUCUCCUGGUUCUGGAUGAGGAGGAGAGUGCCUUCUGGUGCCUAGUGGCCAUUGUGGAGACCAUCAUGCCAGCUGAUUACUAUAGCAAGACGCUUAUGUCAUCCCAGGUGGACCAGUGGGUGCUCCGAGACCUCCUCUCAGAGAAGCUACCCAAGCUGAUGGCGCACUUGGGGCAACACCGAGUGGACCUCUCCUUCAUCACCUUCAACUGGUUCCUUGUGGUCUUUGCAGACAGUCUCAUCAGCAACAUCCUCCUGCGUGUCUGGGAUGCUUUCCUGUAUGAGGGCAUCAAGGUGCUGUUCCGCUAUGCCUUGGCCAUUUUCAAGUACAACGAGGAGGAGAUCCUGAGGCUGCAGGAUGGCCUGGAAAUCUACCAGUACCUGCGCUUCUUCACCAAGACCAUUUGCAACAGCCAGAAGCUAGUGAACAUCGCCUUCAACGACAUGAACCCCUUUCCUAUGAAACAGCUGCGACAGCUGCGGGCAGCCCACCGGGAGCGGCUGGAGGCUGAGCUGCAGGAGCUGGAGCAGCUCAAGGCUGAGUACUUGGAGACUCAGGCAUCCCAGAGCCCAGCGGUGCCCAACGGCUGCACCAGCGAGGACGAGGCAGAGGGGGAGGCCUGACUUGGCCACCUGCCCUCCCCAAAGCACUUUUCCCCCUUGGCUGGCAGGCCUGCAGGAGGACAGCCAUGGAGCAGUGGCCCAGCCCCCUGAGCUGCAUCACCAUGUGACACUGGGCAAGUCCCUUCCCCUGUCUGGGCCCCAGUCACCUACUGGAACAUUGCUAGCUAUGAAGCCAUUGGUUGGGUCAUCCUCUCUGGAGCACAUACACAGGGAUGCCACCCCAUUCUUCCACAGAGCACUUUAGCGCACAAGCAAAAAUGCUGUCUUUAUAGGGUGACCCUGAACAUUCUUUAUUUGUAUAAAACAAUGUGAAUAUUGGAAAGAG